CGCAAGCUAGUAUAAAUUCAGAAUAUUAGCAUUUACCUCGGUAUAAUGAUGUGCAGUUAUGUGCCUAGCGGCUCGCAAGCUUAAACUAACAAGGCUGUGAAAUUCUUGAUUAUGCAGAUUUAAAAGAGAUUAAUCGCUGUCCUACGAUUUCAGCAGUAUCUUCUUACUACCACCAAAACUCGUCUCCCGUCAAGUCUCCCCUUCCCGCCAAUUUCGCCGAAUCUGCACCCUGGCUCCGUUACCAUGUCUAGUCGCACCUCGCCAGUACAAAUCACCGAAUAUGCGAGACCACGCGGCAUCACCGCCCUCGUCUUUGGCGGCGCAGUAUUUUCGUAUUUAUGCUUAGCUGGCGUCACCUUGAUAUCUGAACACAACCCGAUCUGGCAAACUCUCGACAAUAUCUCGCCGGGCAGCGCAGACACGUUUCGCUGGAUUGUCAAGACAGGGGUUCCGCCACUUGUCGUGAUACACACCAUCGAGGCCGUGGCAUUUGAUCGUACAAGGUUGAUGCCACACAGCAUCCCAAGAUGGGGAUUACUUUGGUGGAAAUGGGUCCUGAGCUGCUGGAUUGAGGGGAUUGGAUGUUGGCAGCGCUUUGCCUCGGUCGUCAACGCGAAGAAGGCGUCAGCAAAGUAACGUCAAGAAGAGGGGAAAUGCUUUGGGCAUGGACUCGGGCACCUUAUCAGACAAUCGAACGCGUCACUGAUGAAGAGCAGUCGUCAUGGAUAUCCUGCGAAUGGGGUCGAAAGACGGCGUAAGCAUGAUAUAAUGAUAUUGUGUACAGAUUGUCAUCAGAAAUAAAGGUUCGCUGACCAUAAAGUUAUACUUUAAGCAGCAGCGAUGGUUAUGAAUCAUAUCGCUCGUAUGUAUUGAGAUGUGUUCGCUUCUUUGUGCUCGGGUGUAAGGUUCUUUCUACCCCUCAACCUUAGCAUACGGUGGCAGAAUCUUGUCAAUUCUCCAAGGUGGAU